UUGUAAUUAUGUCAGAUAUUAAUGAUUCAGUGAGUUUUGUUUAAUAGCAGAUAUUUUAUUCAUAAGACGCUCGCUAAUAUCUAUUCGAUAUUUUUGCAUGAAAUUAUAUAAAAGUUCAGUUUAGUGAAGAGUUUUCAACACGAUGCACGAUGGAAAAACUCGAUGACCCUUUUAUCACGCUGCGGAAGAUGGUUUUCAUUGAAGCCAAAAAUUGCAAAAUUGCCAGAUUUUGUGACGUUUUGCUUAUCGUAUUGUACUCACUCGCUCAGUGUUUACACUUAUACUACAUGUGUCAAAAUUUUAAUUUAAACCUUUUGAUCAGAUAUGGCCCAAUAUUAAUAUCUUGCCUUCUGGUAAUUGUCACAGCGGUUAUUUCCGUGGGUUUGGAUAAGGAAAUUUUCGAAGUGUAUACAGUUUGUUGGAAAAUUUCUUGGCCUUUGAAUUUUCUGAGAAAAGAUGCUCAAACUAAACUUAGGCGAAAAUGUCAGAUCAUAAAUCGCGGUAUAUUAUGCAGUGCGCUACUUUUCCUAACAACAGUGAUUAGCACUUUUCCAUGUUUUGGAAGUGUACGAGACUUUUUCAUUUGUGUCGAAGUUUAUGAGAAAUAUUUUGGGGAAUGGUCGUUUAUUCCUUACUAUUUUUAUUUUGCAGCAGCUCCAUUUUUGUAUUAUCAUUUCUUUAGAGUUUGUUACGUUUUUGCUUAUGCAUUUCUACAUGCUCAGUUACAAUACUUCCUCAUUGAAGAGUAUUUACUUGAAACAUAUCAAACCAAUGAUCUGAAAGGUUGGAAAUAUUUGCAGGACACUCGCUACCAACAAGAAAUCGGAAAAUCGUUACUUUUGUGUAUUACCCAUCACAUUGCUUUAAAAAAGUACGUGAAAAUAAGUCAAAACCUUGUUUUGAUAGGAAUGCCGUUUUUUCUGGUGCUUGGUGUUUUACUUCUCAUCAAUUCAUUCGGAUUUAUCACAAACUUUGGGGACACCAUGAGUAAUAUUUUAAAAAUACGAAUACUCAUAUUUGUUGCUUGUGGUGUGUCCAUCACAAUAGUGAUGUGUUGGAUUGGUCAGCAACUCAUAGAUGUGACAAGCGAAAUCUUUGUGACUUUAGGCGGAGCUCCUUGGUACUUUUGGAAUCGUGAUAACAACAAUAUUCUUUUGAUGUUUUUGACGAAUUGCACCAAAAAUGAGAGCUUUAUUUUGGCCGGAAUUUGUGUAAACUACCAACUAUUUUUUUCGAUCGUACGACUUACCGUUUCCUAUACUCUAGUUUUGUACAACCUUCGCGAGAGUGGUUUCAUUUAGAGCAACCAGAAAUAAAGCACUUGAAGUUUU